AAGGGCAGAAUGAGACUUUGCAGGAGAUUGUACUGUUUCUAAGCAAGUACAGUGAAGUAUUGAUACUGUUAGGACAGAAAAGUCGACACGGACCAGAAUUAAACAAACCAGUUUACUGGGAAUACCUUUUACUUUAUGUAAUGCUUUAUUGUUUUGCCCUCUUUUAAAAGGCGUGUGAUGUUGAGCUCAGGUGUUUAGAAGUGACAGCUUUCAGAAUAGUCUAGCUGGCCAGGUUAACUCUGUAAGCUAACAUGGCCAGACGCAAAACUAAAAAGCUCAUCAUUGAAGACGAUUUACUUGCAGAUGAGCCAAAGCAAGAUGCAGAUGAGCUGAAUCCUUUUUCUUUCAAGGAGUUCAUCAGAAACAAGAACCAGCAGUCUUGCACUACAGAUGUAGAUGAGGCAUAUGGUGGCACUUACCAAGUUGAGCAGGACUGUAACUCCUCUAUAGGCUUUACUCCCAAGGAGCAAUUCUUCACAGACCCCUCUGUCCUCUCACAGCCUUCUGAGAGCCAACCUGAGGAGAGAUGGACUGAGACUGAAGAGCCUCAAGACAUUGAACUGUGUGGGACUUUAGACCUCAGUGCUUACUCUGAACAGUCAUCCCUGUGCAGUGAGGAGAGGGUAGGGAAUGUAACUGAAUGGGAAGUGGAUGAGUUUGACUUCCUGCCAAAGAACCACUUAGCCAGAAGCAGCACUGGAAGCUAUGAGGGUGAUGAAGAGAUUUCAGUUAUUGAUAUUUCCAUCCAUCCUAAGAAGAGCGAUGCUAAAAAUGGGACAAGGAAUCCCCAACAGUUAUAUUUUUUGAAAGAAGAGAAUUCUCUACUUAGAAAGCAAGUCAAAGAACUUCUUAGAAGAUCAGAAACUGACUCUAAAAGGAUCAAACAUCUCACAGAUGAGCUGCACAACAAGAAGUUGCAGGAUGAGAGAGAGGCUAAAGCUCUGGAGACAAUGGUGCAGUCAGUAGAACAAAACCUUCAGUUAAUGACGAAGCGGGCUGUCAAGGCUGAAAACAGUGUUUUAAAAUUGAAACAAGAGAUACAACUACUCCAGAGCCAGCUUGAAGGAUAUAAAAGUGAAAAUGAAAGGCUUAGAUGUGGAGAAACCACUGCCUUAACCACAAUGAGACACAAUGCACAAGUGGCCUCUGAGUACCUUAACAAAGCAGCUCAAGAUGCAGAGACCUCUAUCAAGCAGUUGCUGACAGGAAGAGAGACAUUAUGUCUUGUAUCCCAGUUGUUGACGUCCAUUGACAAGAUCACAGAGAUUCAGAAUUAAUUUUUUUUUUUUUUUUGGCAUCCAAA